AUGGACCGGCUGCAGCCCCCAGUAGAACACACAACUCAUUUUGACUGGCCCUAUUCUGCUGCUAAGGGUCGGCUGCAGCAGCAGCGCGCGCUGGCCCGCACGGAGCUGUCGUUUGCUGCUGCUGCGCCCCCGCAGCAGCCGCAGCAGCAGCUCCGCGCAGCAGCAGCAGCAGCAGCUGCUGCCGCCAGCAGCAACCAGGUGAUGCUGCGCUCGCCCUGCGUCUGGCCAGUGCCCCCGCAGCUGCCGCUGCGGCCCCGCGACCCUGCAGCAGCAGCAGCAGCCGCGCAGCUGCUGUCGCCUCCCCAGCAGCAGCAGCAGCAGCAGCAGCAGCAGCAGCAGCAGCAGCUGGGGUGGAGGCGACCGCGGGCGAACUGCAGCCGCCACGCGAACUUCACUCCUUCUGUCUUUACACCUGAAGCCUUUCGUGCUGCUGCUUGCUGCCCCACACUUUGGGUGUCUCCGGAGCUGCUGCAGGAAGCAGAAAAAAUGGUGGAGGCCUGGCACCCCAGGCCCCAGAGGCCGGGUGCGCAGCAGCAAACUGCUGCUGCUGCUGCUGCUGCUGCUGCUGCUGAUGCGGAUGCUGCUGCUGCAGUGGCGCGGACAGGGGAAGCACCAGCAGCAGCAAAGGCUGCUGCAGCUCCAGGCGGGGCUGGUGGUGCAGAAAGCAAAGCAGCAGCAGCGGAAGCAGCAGCGAUAGCAGCAACAGCGACAGCAGCAGCAGCAGCAGCAACUGCAACGGCAGCAGCAGCAGCAGCAGCAGGAGGGCUCAAAAGCGCCAAGGAAGAGCCCACCUCGGCUGAUGCUGCUGCCACCCCAGAUGGUGCAGCAGUGCCGCAGCCGUCUUCAGGGGCAGCAGCAGCAGCAGAAGCAAGAUCAAAAACAGCAGCAGCAGCAGCAGCAGCAGCAACAACAGCAACACCGUCUUCCGCAGCCUCUUUUGCUGCGUUUAGAAACAGCUGGAGCAGCACAAAUUUGUCUCCAAGUGUCUCCACUCCAAAUUCCUCGAUUUACCCCUGGGCAGCUGACAGCAGCAGCAGCAGCAGCAGCAGCAGCAGCAGCGCAGGCAAGGCGCGAGUUGCCCCAACUUUCUUCCUGCGCAGCAGCAGCAGCAGCAGCAGCAGCAGGCUGGGGUCUCUGCAGCAGCAGCAGCAGCGGCGGAUGCUGGACGAGGAGACAGCAAUGGAUUUAAUUGAGGUGGACAAUGUGGAGACAUUUGUGGGCUGCGACUUCAAAGGGUCUGCUGCUGCUGCUGCUGCUGCUGCUGCUGCUGGGAGGUACGGCGUGUCUGCUGCUGCUGCUGCAGCGGGAGCGCGCGCUGCAGCGGGCGCCGGGGCGUGGGGCUUUGCUGCCGGCAGCUCCGCAGCAGCCCCGCCCCCCGCAGCAGCAGCAGCAGCAGCAGCAGCAGCAGCAGCAGCAGCAGCAAGAGGCGACAAGCUGGCCUCGCUGCUGGUGGACCAGGAAGACCAGAGCUUCCUCCGCUCCAGCAAAUAUGCUGCUGUUGCUCGCCGCAUUUUGGCAAUAAUAGAAAGCGGCCGUUUCGGCCAAAAUAAUGUUCCUUGGGAGCAGCUCCACGAUCCCGAUCCCGAUCCCGAUCCCGAUCCCAGGCCCCCCCCGCAGCCCACAGCUGAGGCCGCCUCCCCAGGAGCUGCUGCUGCUGCUGCUGCUCCGAGCCGUCGCGUCCGCUUUGCUGCGCCCGACGAGGCCCCUGCGGCUGCCCCCAGCCAGCAGCAGCAGCAGCAGCAGCAGCAGCAGCAGCAGGGGCUGCGGCCGGCGCUGAAGAACAGUGUGGGGCCCCGGAGGCGGCGCUGCGAAAAGGUUAUUGUUGCUGCUUCCUUUUGGGAGUCUCUUUUUCUCUUGGGACAAUUUUUAGAAAGACAAAAUGUCCGCUGCGGCUACUUCACCGAACGGGUGGUGGCGAGGGCGCACCGGAUGGGGGCCCUGCGUCCAGUUCACGUGGAGAUAUUUGUGCAGCGGGGCUCCAUUGAAGAAACCAUUUUGCUGCGGAGAGAAGAAUGGGCCCAAAUCGAAGCUGGGGGGCCCCCCUUGGAGGGGCCCCCGUUGCUGCAGCAGCAGCAGGACUCCGCCCAAGGAAGUUUCCCAGCAGCAAAUGCCUUAAGUUUCCGCUCGGGCUCCAAUACCCCUGUGGGGGGCCCCCUGGGGGCCCCCCUGGGGGCCUCCCGAGGGGCCUCCCGGGGGGCCCCCGGGGGCCCCAGCGGGGGCAGGGGCCCCCGGAGGCCCCGGGACAAACCCACUGGAGAGUACUUGAGGCAUGGGAGGGGCAAGCAAGACUCGUGGAAGAAAGGAGAAGAUGGAGGCCCAGGGGGCCCCAAGGGUCCAGGGGGCCCCGAGACUCCCGGGGGCCCCGAGGGCUCCGGGGGCCCCGGGGGCCCCGAGGGCCCCGGGGGCCUCGGGAGCCCUGGGGCCCCGGGGGGCCCCGGGGGCCCCGGGGGCCCCGGGGGCCCCGGGGGCCCCGGGGGGCCCCCCGAAAGCCCCCGAGAGGCGUGGCUGCCUGUGGGGGCCCCCAAGGAAACGAAACUGCGAUUAAUGCCUCAGCCAUCUUGGGGCUGUUUGCUGGCGGAGGCGAAGGGGAGAAGAGAUGCUUUUCAGCAGUCGACGGAAACCCUUUUGAGGUCGCUGAAAUUCGUCCCCUAA